AUGUCAACAGCUGAAUCAACCCAAACCUCCAUCUCGAGCAGCAAGCUCACCGCCGUCGGCACACGCAGCGACCGCACGACCAUGAACGCCGUCCGCUUCCACGGCCAAAAGGACAUCCGACUCGAGACGAUUCCCUACCCCAAACUCUCGCCCGGAAAAGUGCUCAUCGCGCCCAAGUUCUGCGGCAUCUGCGGCACCGACGUGCACGAGUACUUGGGCGGCAACAACCUGAUCCCCGCGCCGGACCACCCGCACCCCAUCACGGGCGAGACCAGCCCCCUGACGCUGGGCCACGAGUUCAGCGGCAUUGUGGAAGGCGUGGGCGAAGGGGUCGAGGGCGUCAAGCCGGGGGAUCGUGUGUGCGUGCAACCCAUCAUCUAUGAUGGCGACUGCCGGAGCUGCAAACGCGGCUUGGUCAAUUGCUGUGACAGCAAUGGCUUCGUGGGCCUGAGCGGCUGGGGCGGCGGCCUCGCGGAGGCCAUGGUCGUGCCGGAGAGCUGUGUCAAGAAGCUGCCGGAUAAUGUGAGCAUGGAGAUCGGGGCGUUGAUCGAGCCGUUAGCGGUGGGCUGGCAUGCGGUCGACAUCAGUCCGUAUAAGCAGGGCGACAGUGUGUUGGUGCUCGGCGGUGGGCCGAUUGGGUUGGCCGUCGUGCAGGCGCUGAUCGGGAGGGGGUGUGAGAACAUCAUCGUGUCCGAGGUGUCGAGUAAGCGGAGAGAUUUCGCGGCUCAGUUUGGUGCGCAUCAUGUCGUGGACCCCACCAAGGAGGAUAUCGUCAAGAAGGUCGAGUCGUUGACGAAUGGCCUGGGUGCCGAUGUUGGCUUCGAUGCUGCGGGUGUGCAGGUCGCGGUGGACACGGCGUUCAUGGCGCUGAAGGCCAGGGGCACGCUCGUCAACAUUGCUGUGUGGGAGAAGAGGGCUAGCUUGCAGAUGAACGAGAUCGUCUUCCGCGAGAGAGGGUAUAUGGGAGUGGCGACGUACAGCCUGGGUGACUUUGAAGCCGUGCUGGAGGCCAUCUCAAGUGGUCGCAUGAAGCCCGAGGGCAUGAUCACCAAGACGAUCGCGCUCGACAAGGUCGUCGAGGAGGGCUUCAGGACUUUGAUUGAGGACAAGGAGAACCACGUCAAGAUCCUGGUCGACGUCGGCAACAGUGUUGCAUAG